AUGAUCCAUCAACUUAGUCGUUUGGUUUCUUUGCUAACCAAAUAUUACCAACUUGUUCAGAUUUUGGACCAAUUGAUUCCACCGAUAAGGAUCUCUGAUAUUAUAUGGUCUUUAGCUUCUUUAACGCAAAGUCCAAACCAAAGCUUGGGUUCCAAUUUAACUGAACAUUUGUCCCCAGUACAAUUUCAAGAGACCUCUGAGAGCUCAGAUGAUUAUGAGCCUAAUUCUGAUUUGUCAAAUUCUUUUUCUAAAAGUUUUCAAGAGGAUUCAGUUCUCACACUUACCUCUUGUACUUUGGACAUACAAGAUAAUGAUUCCUUUUAG